AUGCGUUUCUCCGCAAAUGCUGUCUACGGCCUGCUCUUUGCGGACGACUGUGAUCCCAACACCACGGCAGAACCGGAUGUACAUGGACGCAUGGGUCUCUUCGCCACUGGCUGCGCCUACUCCGGACUAGCCAUCAGCAAGGGCAAAACGGCAAUUUUGUAUUACCCAACACCCAAAACUGAUUACAACGCCCAUCGCAUCAAUGUCAACGGCGCACUACCGAAGACUGUAGAAAAUUUCGCCUAUGUAGACAGCAUGUCUUCGCAUAGCAUAAAUAUCGGCAGCAAAGUGGCUCACCAGGCUUCCAAAGUCAGUGAGGUCAUCUUCAGGCCCCGCCAGAGACAUCCACGGACUUCGACUCAAUGCGAAGUUCAAAAUUUGCGAGGCAGUAGUUCGGACAACGCUACUACACGGGGCCAAUCAGGUCGGGAAAAUCAAUCACUUACACCUCAGCUGCCUUCGGAGAAUCCGAAGGCUGAGAUGGCAGGACAGGAUUCCCGACACGGAACCCUUGGAACAGACCGGGAUCCUCGACAUCAACGUCUUGCCGAGAUAAGUAAGACUGCGAUGCAGCGGCCGCCUCCCGAGAAUGGCUUUUCUACGGUGACGUCGCUACAGGCCUUCGCCGACAAGAAAGGUAAAAACCGCGCUACAGGGACACCCUGCGGACCUUCACUAAGGAUCUACAGAUAAAUCCGGCGACCUGGGAGAAAGAUAAUGCAGACAGGAACAGCAGUUAACGAAACCAGCCGGAUCGCCAUUCUGAAUACAAAAAGAGCUCUCAAAUCUCAAGUUUCUCCGACCCAUAACGACAAAACCCAAUCUCUCCCAACAUGCUUAAGCUACCAACGGACAUUCCGCGCACGGAGUGACCUUGUUGUACUUCUGCGGACACGGGCAACAACAACCCAGCAAAUUUACCUGCUGCCUUCUCAAACUCCCCUAUCAGCAAUCCUGUCACAACCCUCCCGACAACGACGACAACGACGACUACCGCCUCGACCACUCUCGCCACCAGUAA